CUUUUUCCAAACUUGGAAGCUUCAUUAUUUUCUUCUUCUUCUUCUUCAAAAAGGGAUUGGCUGUUAGUGCAGAAUGAGUAACCAAGGCCGAGUUAGAUGGGAUGAGGAGAAUCUGGGAGAAAUUGAAGCAAACAAACCUGUGAGGCAGAAAAUUACUGAGCCAAAGACGCCGUAUCACCCCAUGCAAACUGAUGAUGAAGAUGAUGAGGGAUCUCUGUCUCCUAUACGGGGGAGUCGGUUUGAUGAAUGUAUUGCGGACGCAAUGCAUGCAGAAGCGAUAAGAACUGCUUUGAGUGAUGCGGCAUCAUCAAGUAGAAAGAAGACUACUAGUUCUACUGGCUGGACAUCAUCUGAGGAUGAAGGAGAUGCUAUGGAUCAAGAUGGAGAAGAUUCGGACAAAAGCAGGAGUUUCAGGGAGCACAGAAGAGCUCAUUACAAUGAAUACCAGAAAGUAAAAGAACUCAGACGGAAAGGUUCGCUUCCUGAUGAUGAAGAAGAGGACGAAGAUGUUGAGAUGAACAAAGUGAAGAGCUCUGAUCCUCCUUUGUCUCCUGCAGCCAAACCUAAUGGAGCUUAGAUGAAGCCAAGCUAAGACUUGAUUGCCAAAUUAAAACUAAACUAUGCUUGAUAUAUCGCUGACAUUUGAUUACAGUUUUUGGGAUGACUAAUACAGAAUGCACAAAUGAUCGCAGUGGCUGCUAUUUGUAUUAUUCAUCAAUAUGUAUUUUGUUUGUAAAUGGCUCACUUUAUUUUUGUCUCCGUAACAAUGUUGCUUAAAACUCUUGAUCCCUGUACCAUACUGGUAGAUAGAAUGUCACCAUUUCAAGAAUUUGAUUGUACCGAUUACCGUGAAUGCAAUGAGAUAAGUCCCC